GUGAAUCAGUAAUUAAUCAGAGCAUGAGUUCUUGAUGAACACGCUGUUCACUGCUCCGUUGCUGUUGUGAACAUUACCAUGCUCUAGAGCGGCAUUGGCUGCGUGGCUCUUGUCCAUUUUCUUGUCUCUUGCCUCUUGAACGGCUUUGUCGUUUGAUUCUCAUCUCCAUGGUGCAAAACCGGUCGCCUUCACCCGCACCGCUCACCUCCCGUCAACAUGGCACCAAAUCCUACGAGUAGCGGCCAAAGAAAAAGACCCCAGGGUCGUAUGGUUCAACCUGCGCUACCUCUGAUACCUGGACUAAAGGGCAAGCCGAGCCAAAAACCCGCUCCAGCGCAGGCUGAGACUGAAAAGGUUGAGUCAAUCUCAACACUGAGCACUGCUGUCAAUGGAGACAAUCAAGUACCUAGCGACACAACAGCAGCUGCUCCAGUCGUGGUCACUGAGCCAGAAGCUCCUUUAGAAGCCUUGCCUGAAGAGAAAGACAUUACUGAACUCGCUGGUUCCUCCGCAGACACUCCUCAAGAGCCACUCGGGACAACGAGUGACGACAAACCAACAAAGGGUGACUUACCUGAAACACCUGUGCAUCAUGACGAAGUCCAACAACCGUCUAGUGAAGAAGGAGGAGGAUCCACCCACGGCACUGAAGAGUUGCAAGAGACUGGUGAUUAUGACAAGGAACAGCCCUCUCCGUCUUCUCAGAUUGCGAGUGUUGGAGCUGGUGAAGAAUCUGAGCAAGACGUGCAGGAACUUGAAGGAUCUGCGCGGUCAGACGAACCAAGCACGUUCGACGCUGUGAAUGGUACAUUACAAGACACCCCGCCACGUGAAAAUGGCACGUUCACACCCGAAGAGGAAGGGCAGAACUAUGAAGAUGAUCAGGCAACACAAGACUCCGUUUCUGCGGCCAACCCCGAGGAGAACACUAACGGCUUCCACGAGCCGACGACGGCGCCCUCCAGUCAGUUCGACUCUUUCCAACAGCCGAGAGUCUUCAAUGGCCUGGUUCCGUUACAGGACCAUCUACUCCAAUUGGCCAACACUAAAGAGGGCGUCGACUGGGCCAUUCAAGUCAAUCCACCGGGUGCGCAGCCUUACAUUAUCUAUGCUCAUUCCAUAAUGAUGUUGCGAAGUGGACGACUCCGUCGAUUGAUGCAACGUCAAUCAUCAACGAGCUAUGCUGGCAACUCCAUCAACCUUUAUCCUGCCCGCUAUGUGCUUCCACACGCCUUCGAAGCCGCCUUGCGCUUCCUGUACUCUGACACGGUCUUGUCACAUCUUGUUCAACCACACCCGGGUCCGGACUUCCAUGCGGCCAGAAUUCAGAACCUGGACUACAUUUUGUCUUACUGGGUCGCCGGCAUCGAACUAGGCAUCGAACAGGUGUCUGCAUGUGCAGAGAGACUCUUGUCUAACUACCUCGAUUGGGACAUUCUUGAGAUCACCUACAAGCAUGCGAUGGAGCUCGCCAAUGCUCCAGUGGUGUCUUCCAAUAAGAACACGACCGGAUCAGAUUAUGUUGUCGCCAGCAACGCCAUGAUCAGGUCAAUCCUACACUUCUUGGCAACUCGGAUGGACAUCAGCAAGUUCAAAAUCGACACAAAUUCGACACCAAUCCACUUCGCCUCUCGCCUCCCACAGCCCGACAGUGGCCGUCCGAAACAUAACCCGGCGUUGGCUUCGAUGGUCUUCGGCUCUAUGCCGUCGUCAGCCGAUAUGUCACCAACCUCGCCACAAUCCGAGAUCUUGCCCACGGCUUCCACUUUCAGAGAUACGGUGGCUUCGAACAUCCUCGUCAACGUGGAUUUCGAGCAUCUUUACUGCUUCAAUUCUAUUCUUCAAACACGCGAUAUUUCCGAGGCUUCCCAACUUAUGGCCAACGUCGUUAGUGAGCGUGAAGCCCGUCGCCAAAAAGUCUUGGAUUUGCGAUCCGUCUCCAACAAAGCUCGCAUGGUGAACGCGACCUUGUGGGAACCAGUUGGUUGGAAAGAAGAUUGGGAUGGAGGCGUUCUUCAGAGAGAACGAGUUGGAUUCCUUCUUCCUUCCAAAUGAGAGGGAUGUACCCUUUCUUCAGACAUGAAAGCAGCGUUCUUAGCCAGCGUUGAAAAAAAGUCGACUUCAGCGUUCUCUCUUGCAUGGAAAAAUGGGUAAUUACUGGCAGCAUCUUGGUGUGGAUAAUCCAUCAGCUUCGUGAUUUGUGUGCUGGUCAUGUUGGGUUCAGGCGUGCUUUCUUGUGGCGAAUACAAUGCGAACGAGACCAGAUGAAGCUGAGCAAUACAGUGAGCUAGAUACCCCUGUGUAUGCGAAUGAAGAUAAUGGAAGGCGUGAAUGCAC